AUGUCCGUCAUCACCGAAGGCACCAAGCUCCCCUCCGGCACCCUCCACGAAUCCAACCCCGGAAACCAACUCUCCACCUCCACCCUCUUCUCAGCCGGCCGCCACAUCAUCUUCGGCGUCCCCGGUGCCUUCACCCCCGGCUGCCACAAAACCCACCUUCCGGGCUACAUCCAAGACUACUCCAAAUACACCUCCAAAGGGAUCGACUCCAUUUCUUGCGUGUCCGUGAACGACGCUUUCGUUAUGGCCGCCUGGGGUGAGUCCGUCGGGGCUGAUGGAAAAGUUCGGAUGUUGGCCGAUCCGACGGGGGAGUGGUUGAGGCAAAUGGGGUUGGUGUUUGAUGCUACGCCGUUGUUGGGGAAUGAGCGUGCGAAGAGGUUUUCGUUGGUUGUGGAGGAUGGGGUUGUCAAGAGGGUUAAUGUUGAGGAGGAUAAUACUGGGUUGACGUGUUCUUUGUCGAAUGUUUUGUUUGACCAGCUUUGA